AUGGACGUCCACCUCCUUGUUUACGACCUGUCUCGCGGUCUGGCUCGUCAAAUGUCGCUAGGCCUCCUUGGAUUCCAACUUGAUGCCAUUUAUCAUACUUCUAUCGAGCUUCAGGGUCGCGAGUACGUCUAUGAUGGCGGCAUCAUCUCCAUCGUUCCAGGCACCUCGCACCUGGGCCAACCCUUGGAGAGACUGCAUCUGGGCAAGACAGAUCUACCCAUGGACGUAAUCGGGGACUAUUUGGAGUCGAUAAGAUCCGUUUUCACGAUAGAAGCCUAUGAUCUGUUCCGCCACAACUGCAACAACUUCACAGAUGCCUUUUCCAAUUUCCUCCUCGGAAAGGGCAUUCCAAGCCACAUUUCACAGAUGCCACAAGCAGUUCUCGACUCGCCGUUUGGACGCAUGCUGAUGCCUCAACUUACUCAAGGGGUCAAUGCCAGCAGACAAAACGGCUCUAUCCUGGGACUGCAGGAGAGUGCUCAGCCCAUUGCACCUGUCAAGACAGCUUCGGUGAAAGAUGUGACUGGCCAUGCAGAGCUAUCUGCUCUGUUGGAUCAAGCGAAGCAGUCCUGCGCGGUGGUCUACUUUACUUCUGCAACCUGUGCGCCGUGCAAGAUGAUAUAUCCUUUAUACGACUCACUGGCCGAAGAGUUUGCGGGCAAGGCAACUUUGAUCAAGAUUGACAUCGCUCAGCCACAGGCAAACCUGCUUGCCAGCCAAUACUCGAUCAGCGCAACCCCGACAUUCAUCACAUAUCUAAAAGGAGAACAAGAAAACCGAUGGUCUGGCGCUGAUGCAGCAACUCUCAGAGGAAAUCUUCAGCUGCUCGUACAGAUGGCGCAUCCCCACCACCCUCAUGAGAAGCUUCGCCUUCCCACGUUUGCUAACCCCAAUACGAAGCCUGUGCUAUUUGGAAAGGUGCCUCCAAUGCAAAAAUUAAUGACCAAGAUGGGGCCAGAUGUUUCUGGCAAGCCCGAAAUUCAGCAGCUGAAAAGAUUUAUUGAAGACCGCGCCAAUGGGGAAGCUCUAGAUGCUGUUUUGCCAAACAUGGGACAUAUGGCAAGCUUUCUCCAGGAGACAGUCGCCAAAUUACCAGUUGAAAUUAUGUUCACCGUGGUCGAUCUUUUGCGCUGCGCCCUUCUCGACCCCCGAGUAAGUGGGUAUUUUGCUGAAGAGACGGCGCACAAGACAGUUGCUGGUAUCCUCAAUGCCGUUAACGAGCAGAGCGAGUGCCCAUACGCACUGCGUCUUGUGACUUUGCAAAUGGCAUGCAAUCUUUUCUCUACUCCCUUGUUUCUGGACGAGAUUCUACGACACGAUCAUCUUCGCGGGCCCAUCACCCGGUUAAUAUCAACGAGUUUUCUCGACGAUAGCCACAGCAAUACCCGCGUGGCGGCAUCAUCUCUAUUGUUCAACAUUGCUUUGGCUGAUCGCAGGUCAAGGCUUGGCGAGGCUAAGCCAAGUCUACCAGAGGACGACCUUGUUGAGCUUGCAGCCUCUGUUGUAGAGGCAAUCUCUCAGGAAGAGACCUCACAAGAGGCUCUCCAGGGCAUGCUUUCGGCACUGGGCCACCUAGUUUAUUAUACAAAGCUUGAUGGAGAGCUUGCCGAUCUACUCCGCGCUCUGGAUGCCGAAGGAACGGUAUCAGCAAAGAAGAAGAUUUUUCCUAAUGAGGUCUUGAUUGCAGAGGUGGGAAACGAGCUGCUUGGAAAAGGCCUAAAGGUGGACCGGUUGAAUUGA